GAGCUGAUCCCCGUGACCUCCUUCCAGUGCCCCGUUUGCGAGUUCGACGGCUCGAGCUUCAACGAUUUCUGUGAACACUUGUGCACACAUCUUCCUUGUCGGCCGCUCCCAUACGUUGCUGAUGUCCGAGAACGUGCAGCAGCAGCUGCCCGUGGAGCCUCUCUCGUGGUUCAGUGCUCCGACGGCCCAGACAGCCGGCGUGCAGCGUCCAGGCGAAGGAGGCGAGGGGGACCAGCCGUCACGCAGGCGCGCCGACAAAGAGAAGGGAGCAGGCGUGUCGAAGGCCAACGACAGGUUGACACUCUCCUUGGCUCGCGAGGCCGCGGAUCUCAACAGCGCCUUGUACCUCAGGUACGAGAUGCCCGACGCGUCGGUGGGCAUGGCGGCAGCAGGCAAAGCAGCGGGGGUGAAGUACAACAAUCACAGCGCCGAGAUGAAGAAGCUCGAGAAAGAAAGCCACUCCGUCGACCACAAACUUCGAGGGCCCUCGCACGCACACGUGGCAAGGGCAUGCAUCAUGCCCGGGUGCAGCAAGCAGUUCGCGGAGGGCGCUCCGCCAGACCACGUGAAGUUGCGCGACAAGAUGAAGGAGUUUUACACCAACGAGAUCUUCGCCAAGGGCAUCACGGCGCAGAAGCUGGGCAGGGUGAUCCCGUACUUCAGGGUGCAGGUGCUCAAGGCGACGGACGGCGAGAAGCCCAAGGCCAUCAUCUCCUGCCACUUCCACCGCGACCUCAACAUCGGGCUCGCUCUCUCUCGCCAGCUCGAGGCGCUGAUGGAGUUCGAAGGCGGGGUCUACUUAGCAGGCGCGGCCCCACGCGGGCCCUUGGAGCGUAAAUUAGCGGAGGAGGUCGGACCGAGGGAGAAGCAGUAGUUCGCCCCAGUAGUUUUGACACAUACAUCGAAUUAGAAAUCGUUGAUGACCCUAGGGAGGCGGACGGCCAGCUGGAGUUGCCAGUUGUCCCUCCACUUCCCACUGAGCCUCUCCAGGGA